UGCAAACAGGGAAGUUAAAUCUAUGAUUUUACUGUAACUUUCUCGGGUUGUUUUGAUCGCUAUUUUUAACAUGCAGAUUACUUAUUUCAUGAUGUGAAUCGAUAAAUCAACUGUGGUGCUAUUACCUGUAGUCUAUUUAACUUGUGUAUGUUUGUUUAACAGUUGUAAUUCAUUUCUAAUAGGUGCAUUUCCCCAUAUUAUUCUCCUGACAUCGUAUUAUUUCUUUACUUGCCGCCAUAUUCCUCGUGCUAAAUAUAGGGGGCGUUGUAGUCGUUGCUAUAUAAACAAAAUCUGGUGCAGAAUCCGGGCUUUUUACGCCAUAACAUUGUAGUGGAGCCUACGUCUCCUUAGAUUGUUCAGAGCACCAAAUGACACAGAGACAAGUGAUGAACCAGACAGAGAUGAUGAGUUUAUACAAGUGUGGGUUCUGUCAUAACUUCAAAUACAACACAGUCUUUAUGUUGGAAAGGCACAUGCUAGACCAGCAUAGUGGAUUUGGAUUCCAGUGCCAGGAAUGCCACAAAGUUUUUAUGAGAAGAGAUUAUCAACACCGGGGGUGUAAGAAUGGUGAAGCAGGGGGUAAAAAGUUAAAGCUAGUUGACAGACAAAGUCAUUCAUUUGGAGAGAAAGAAGAAAAUAAAUACAAACAAUUCAAAAGAGACAUGAGACAAAUGAUUGUGGAAGUUAAGGAGAGGAAAGCAACCCCUAAUGGUAAUCAUGAUCUAAAUAAAAUUAACAAAUCAAAACCUGAAUACAAAAGAAGAAAUGAAUUUGGAAAUUAUACAAUUCCAAAGAAAACCAGACAGGAGGAGACAAACAAAGAGAACAUUUCUUUGCCUAGUACUAAAAAGAUUAUUUCACCUAUAAGUAGUAUUAAAUCAAAUGAAAAUCAAGUGAGGAGAUUAAUCUUAGCACCCAAACAAUUAAUUGUGCAACCAGAUCCUACAUCUUAUCCACCUGUUUUAAUUCCACCUCCACCACCACCACCAAAGUCAGUCUCCACAUCAAUUUUUAAUGAAACUACCAUCACCAAUGAAAAUGUUAUUAUAAAUGAUAACUUCAGUGAGGAAACUGCUGAAAACCACCUUAAUAGCUGUGUUAUCAGCAUUUGCCCCAGGCAAGAUGAAUACAAUUUGCAUUUUACUGAGACAGAAGAGUAUAUUAUACCAGACGUUCCAAAUGAAAUACAACCUAGUUAUAACCCAACCCCAACCCAUAUAUUACUCUUAAGAGGACUCAAUGAAGCCCAGCAGAGAAGAAUAACUCUAAAUAUUGGUGGAACCAAAUUUGAAUCUUGUGCCCAAACCUUACAGAAUGACCCGUCAUCGUUAUUAUCCAGAAUGUUAGCACCAGAUUCACCUUUUCAACCUUAUAUUCAGGAACCACUUCCCUCAUAUUUUUUGGAUAGAGAUCCACGACAUUUUGUCCACAUUUUAAAUUAUUUGAGGUCAAACUGCUCCUCUGAGCUUUCAACUUUCCCCAGGAACAUUAUCCAUUUGAGAGAACUGCAGAAAGAAUCUUCUUUUUACAAAUUAGAACAUUUAGGUACGUUACUGGAAAACAGAUGUUUGGAAAUUCUUCAGGGAACACUGGAUAGAGAUAUUUUAUAGUUGUAUUAUACUUGUAUUUAAACUGAAUACAAAUGAUUGAAUAUUGGAUGAAGGAUGAACUUUACUUAUUUGACUGUAUAUGGAUGUGAUAUGAACAUUUUCAAUGAAUACUAUUGGAUGAAGGAUGAACUUUACUUAUUUGACUGUAUAUGGAUGUGAUAUGAACAUUUUCAAUGAAUACUAUUGGAUGAAGGAUGAACUUUACUUAUUUGACUGUAUAUGGAUGUGAUAUGAACAUUUUCAAUGAAUACUAUUGGAUGAAGGAUGAACUUUACUUAUUUGACUGUAUAUGGAUGUGAUAUGAACAUUUUCAAUGAAUACUAUUGGAUGGUGGAUGAACUUUACUUAUUUGACCGUAUAUAGACGUGAGAUGAACAUUUUCAAUGAACUAUAUUGGAUGGAUGAUGAACUUUUCUUACAUGUAUUUAACCGCGUUGAAUUGGAUGGGAGUCAAGCAUUGUGGAUUGGGACAUUCAACAUAUGUGUUAUGAACACUUUUAUUUUUGUGAAUGAACAUUGUUAUUUAUUAAUGUUAAUGACUAAUUGUGAUAAUUUAUAUUGUUAUUAAUGUUUAAAAUUGAUAAUUUAUUUUUAGGAUAACAAUACAGGUAUAUAUGUAUCUCCAUGCCAAAUGAAACAUUGUAUUUGAGGACAAAUAUUUUUUUAGUGGGGAGGGUGCAGUGUUGUGCCGUGCAAACAGGGAAGUUAAAUCUAUGAUUUUACUGUAACUUUCUCGGGUUGUUUUGAUCGCUAUUUUUAACAUGCAGAUUACUUAUUUCAUGAUGUGAAUCGAUAAAUCAACUGUGGUGCUAUUACCUGUAGUCUAUUUAACUUGUGUAUGUUUGUUUAACAGUUGUAAUUCAUUUCUAAUAGGUGCAUUUCCCCAUAUUAUUCUCCUGACAUCGUAUUAUUUCUUUACUUGCCGCCAUAUUCCUCGUGCUAAAUAUAGGGGGCGUUGUAGUCGUUGCUAUAUAAACAAAAUCUGGUACAGAAUCCGGGCUUUUUACGCCAUAACAUUGUAGUGGAGCCUACGUCUCCUAAGAUUGUUCAGAGCACCAAAUGACACAGAGACAAGUGAUGAACCAGACAGAGAUGGUACGGAACUUGUAAUUUAGUUAGGAAUAUAUUUCACCCAAAAUUCGGGGGUUAUACAUUUAAUUUAAGAUAAUUCUCCGUUUGCAAGUGCAAGCGGUCUGUCACCAGAUUUCUCCAAAUCUCGGAAGUAGCACCAAAAAUAGAUGGUGCCAUAAUUUAUCGGUAGUUGUAAGUU